CUUGUGUGUCGCCCCCUCCCCUCCUUUUUCAUCAUGGCUGCUGUGUCUACUCUCUCAAGUAACGCUCAGAUUGGACACUGACUCGAUUUCUACCUUCCAGUGCCUCUAAACUUUUGGUGUACAUCAACUUCGCUUGGAUGCAAAUCACAAUCUACACCUCGUUGUUCCCCCUUAUUUCAUUUAGUGGGAUAACCUUCACCAGUCACUGCCUCCACUGGGCCUUUUUUAUCCCAAAAACAACCAACUGCCAGCCAACAACAGCUUCCAGUGCAAUGGUUUAACUCAGUUUUCCCCUUCAUGAACAAUGUGUGAAAACUGCGCCGAGCUGGUGGAGGUUUUAAAUGAAAUAUCGGAUGCAGACGGCAGUGAAGGAGGCUUCCAGCUAAAGAAGGAACAUGCCCUGCGAGUGCUGGGCUACAUCAGCUCCUGGACACAGAGACAAUGUCUCUGCUGCUUCAAGGAGUAUAAGCACCUGGAGGUCUUCAAUCAGCUGGUCUACGCCCUCAUCAACCUGGUCAUCGCUCAGAUCAGCAGCCUGAGAGACCGCCUCUGCAGCACCCAGGACCACACCCAUAAAGGAGGCGCAUCUGGGGCCGAGGGGGGGUCUGAAUGGAGCGGGGGCGAGGCUGCACCCGGAUCCCUCCCCCAGCCGUCCUCACCCGGGGAGGACGAACCUGUGAAUGUGGAGAGAGACUCUGCCGAAGAGGACGCCGACACCCCCGACCUAAACCAGAAUAAGACUCAGAGCCAGAGCCAGGCCGAGGGGCCCAGCCGGCCAUGCGAAGCCCAGAUGGAAGCACUGGAGCCUGGGGAGAGCGACUGCGGGUCUGGGGGUGGUGAUGGAGGUGUCGGAGAAAGUAGCAGCAGUGACAACCAGGACCCGUUCAGCUCCUGGAGCACUGAGGAGAGGGAGAAGCUGCUGCUCUGUGCCGCCAAGAUCUUCCAGAUCCAGUUCCCCCUCUACACGGCCUACAAACACAACACACACCCCACCAUAGAGGACAUAUCUGCUCAUGAAAGUAACAUCCUGGGCUCCUUCUGCGACAUGAAUGACGUGGAGGUGCCUCUGCAUCUGCUGCGUUACGUCUGUCUGUUCUGUGGGAAGCACGGCCUCUCCCUGAUGAAGGAGUGCUUUGAGUCGGGCACUCCGGAGAGCCUCCCCUUCCCCAUCGCACACGCUUUCAUCACCAUCGUCUCCAACAUCCGAAUAUGGUUGCACAUUCCUGCGGUCAUGCAGCACAUCAUACCGUUCCGCACUUACGUAAUACGGUACCUGUGUAAGCUGUCGGACCAGGAGCUGCGGCAGAGCGCGGCGCGCAACAUGGCCGACCUGAUGUGGAGCACGGUGAAGGAGCCGCUGGACAGCGCGCUGUGCUUCGACAAGGAGAGCCUGGACCUCGCCUUCAAAUACUUCAUGUCCCCAACGCUGACCAUGAGGCUGGCAGGACUCAGCCAAAUCACCAACCAACUCCACACCUUCAACGACGUCUGCAACAACGAGUCUCUGGUGUCCGACACAGAAACGUCCAUAGCGAAGGAGCUAGCUGACUGGCUGAUCCACAACAACGUGGUGGAGCACAUAUUCGGACCAAAUUUGCACAUCGAGAUCAUCAAACAAUGCCAAGUGAUCCUGAACUUUUUGGCUGCUGAGGGCCGACUGAGCACGCAGCAUGUGGACUGUAUUUGGGCUGCAGCUCAGCUGAAACACUGUAGCCGUUACAUCCACGACCUUUUCCCGUCACUCAUCAAAAACCUCGACCCAGUGCCUCUCCGCCACGUCCUCAACCUGGUGUCAGGCCUGCACCCCAGCGCCCACACCGAGCAGACGUUGUACCUGGCCUCCAUGCUGAUCAAGGCUCUGUGGAACAACGCCCUGGCAGCCAAGGCCCAGCUCUCCAAACAGAGCUCCUUCGCCUCACUGCUCAACACCAACAUCCCCAUGGGCAACAAGAAAGGUUCACCGGCCGCCAGUCCGGACAGCAGCGACAACAGCGACACUCAACACAGCGGAGGCAGCGACAUGGAGAUGGACGACCAGAUGAUGUCUGGCAGCAAGAGGAGCCAGCAGAGGCUGUCUGACACGGAGGAGUCGAUGCAGGGCAGCUCCGAUGAGACGGCCAACAGCGUGGAGGAAGGCAGCAGCGGCCCGGGCAGCAGCAGCGGCCGCAGCGAGGCCUCGAGCAACGAAGCGGCCUCCAGCCGAGCCAGCCAAUCGGCCGGCAGCCCCGGCAGCGAGAUGCACUCGGACGACAUGGCGGACAGCGAGGCCUUGAAGGAGGAGGAGGAGGACGACGAAGAGGAGGACGACGAGGACGACGACGAGGACGACGACGAAGACGAAGACGAGGGGAACCGCUCGGCCGCUGAAGGCGGGCAGCAGAAGGAGCCCAGGGAGCAGACGGAGUCGAGGAAGAGGAAGGCGGGCGAGGCGCUCGGCGAGGGGCCGAGCCAGGGGGCGGGGCCCAGUGGUUCAGGGGGCGGAGCCAAGCCCAAGGUUCUCCCCUUCAACCCGGAGACUUCUGCUGUCAUGGUGACAGCAGCGUCGACGUCCCUGGAGGGCCGGAUGAGGAUGUUGGACGCCUGUUCCGCGUCGUCGUCCGCUCGGCCCGACGGGACGGAGGCCCAGCAGCAGCAGCAGCCGCCAGACAUCGGCCCCUCACAGAUGGUCCAGGGGCCUCAGGAGCCUCCGUGCCUGCCGCGGCCCGGGGACUUCCUGGGAGAGGCCAUGGGCGGCGAGCUCUUUAACUGCCGGCGCUUCAUUGGCCCCCAGCACCACCACCAUCACCAUCACCACCACCACCAUCACGAAGGUCCCAUGGUGGAGGACAUGCUGAGUGCGGACGACGUGAGCUGCAGCAGCUCCCAGGUCAGCGCAAAGUCGGAGAAGAACAUGGCCGACUUCGACGGCGAGGAGUCGGGCUGCGAGGAGGAGCUGGUCCAGAUCAACUCCCACGCUGAGCUCAGCUCCCACCUCCAGCAGCACCUCCCCAACCUUGCCUCCAUCUACCAUGAGCACCUGGUGCAAGGUCCGUCCGUCCAUAAGCAUCAGUACUCCGGCAGCCACGCUGUGACUGACAUCAACCUGGACAACGUUUGUAAGAAGGGCAACACACUGCUGUGGGACCUGGUGCAGGACGAGGACGCGAUUCAUCUGUCUGAGGGUCUGAUUAACGAAGCAGAGAAGCUGUUGUGUUCGCUCGUCUGUUGGUUCACCGACAGACAGAUCCGAAUGCGCUUCAUCGAGGGUUGCCUUGACAACUUGGCCCACCACAGGUCUGUUGUGGUUUCCUUGCGUCUACUACCCAAACUUUUUGGCACUUUCCAGCAGUUUGGCUCCAGCUAUGACACUCACUGGAUCACCAUGUGGGCUGAGAAGGAGCUGCACAUGAUGAAGCUGUUCUUCGACAACCUGCAGCACUACAUCCAGGAAGUCCGGGAACACCUGCACAAGUUUGCACUGUACAGCCACAGUGCGGAGGUCCAGGUCCGUCUGCAGUUCCUAACCUGCGUCUUCUCCACACUGGGAUCUCCAGACCACUUCAGGUUGAGUCUGGAGCAGGUGGACAUCCUGUGGCACUGCCUGGUGGAGGACGCCGAGUGCUACGACGACGCGUUGCACUGGUUCCUCAAUCAGGUCCGCAGCAAGGACCAGCAUGCAAUGGGCAUGGAGACCUACAAACACCUUUUCCUGGAGAAGAUGCCCCAGCUGAAGCCGGAGACUAUCAGCAUGACGGGCCUCAACCUCUUUCAACACCUGUGUAACUUAGCCCGCCUCGCCACUAGCGCUCUGGACAACGCCUCCAGCUGUGAGCUGUGUGGGAUGGAUCAGCUGUGGGGGAUCGCUCUGAGAGCUCAGUCUGCUGAUAUCAGCCGCGCCGCCAUCCAGUACAUCAACUCCUACUACAUUAACGCUGGGAAGACGGGCCUGGAGAAGGAGCAGGAGUUCAUCAGGAAAUGUAUGGAGAGUCUGCUGAUGGCUUCAGCCAACCUGGAGAAGGACGCCCACUCCAGCCUGACUAGCAUCGAGCGGGGGCUGCUCAUGCUCAAAACACACCUGGAGGCCUUUCGACGCAGGUUUGCGUACCACCUGCGGCAAUGGCAGAUCGAGGGGACGGGAAUCAGCAGCCAUCUGAAGGCUCUGAGCGACAAACAGUCGCUGCCACUCAGGAUCGUCUGUCAGCCCGCCGGCCUUCCUGACAAGACAGGAGAGCUGCAAGUGUCAAAGACAGACACAAUCCUCUUGCUGGGGACUGAGAUGACGAUCGAGAUGUAUCCCAGCGACCAGGUAGCAGAUCUGCGGGCCGAGGUGACCCACUGGUACGAGAACCUGCAGAAGGAGCAGAUGAACCAGCAGGCUCAGCUGCAGGAGUUCGGCCAGAGCGGCCGGCAGGCGGGAGACUUCCCAGGGGGUUUGAUGGGACCAGUCAGGAUGAUCUCCUCUGGCCACGAGCUCACCACAGACUACGACGAGAAGACUCUGCAUGAGCUGGGCUUCAAAGACAUGCAGAUGGUGUUCGUGUCCCUGGGAGCUCCGCGGAGGGAGAGGAAGGGCGAGGGCGUCCAGCUGCCGGCCUCCUGCCUGCCGCCGCCCCAGAAGGAACACAUCCCCAUGCUGCUGCUCCUCCAGGAGCCGCACCUCACCACGCUGUUCGACCUGCUGGAGAUGCUGGCCUGCUUCAAACCGCCCAGCCCCAACGCUGAGAAGGUCCACGACAACCCUGAGAGCAUGCGGUGUGAGGAACUCCACCUCCAUGCAGAGAAUCUGUCUCGUCGGGUUUGGGAGCUGCUGAUGCUGCUUCCUACGUGUCCCAAGAUGCUUCAGGCCUUCCAGAACAUCUCCGACGACACGAAUGGGGAGGGUCUGUGCUGGAAGGAGCUGCUGAGGAUAAAAAGUCCCCACAAGUUGCUGUACGCUCUGGAGAUCAUCGAGGCUCUGGGCAAACCCAACCGACGCAUUCACCGAGAGUCCACCGGCAGCUACAGUGAUCUGUAUCCAGACUCUGAUGACUCCAGUGAGGAUCAGAUAGAAAACAGCAAGAACACCUGGAGCUGCAAGUUUGUUUCGUCUGGAGGCCUGCAGCUACUCCUGGAGAUCUUUAACUCGGGCAUCCUGGAGCCCAAAGACCAGGAGUCCUGGACUGUGUGGCUGCUGGACUGCCUGGCCUGCCUGCUGAAGUUGAUCUGCCAGUUUGCGGUGGACCCCGCGGACCUGGACCUGGCCUACCACGACGUCUUCUCCUGGUCCGGCCUCGCCGACAGCCAGCGCAAGCGGGCGUGGCCGGGCAAAUCGCGCAAGUCCACGGUGGAGCACGGGAAAGGCCUGCACAUCCCUCGGCUGACUGAGGUGUUCCUCAGCCUCGUUCAGGGUACCAACCUCAUCCAGCGUUUGAUCAACGUGGCCUACACCUACGACAACCUCGCACACAGAGUUCUAAAGGCUCAGUCUGACCACCGGUCCCGUCAUGAAGUGACUCACUACUCCAUGUGGCUGCUGGUGAGCUGGGCGCACUGCUCCUCCACAGUGAAGUCCAGUCUGGCCGACAGCGACCACCUUCACGACUGGCUGAAGAAACUCACCCUGCUGGUGCCCGAGCCGGCCGUGAGACACGAGGCGUGCAACGGCCUCUACAAGCUCUCUCUCUCUGGUUUGGAGGGCGGAGAGUCCAUCAACAGAUCCUUCCUGCUGCUCGCCGCCUCCACGCUCCUCAAGUUCCUGCCUGACGCGCAGGCGCUCAAACCACUCAGGGUGGAGGACUACGAAGAGGAGCCUCUGUUGCGGACGGGCUGUAAGGAAUACUUCUGGCUGCUCUGUAAACUCAUCGACAACAUUCACGUUAAAGACGCCAGCCAGAAGGUCUCUCCCUCUCUGUCGCUGGCCGGCGCGAUGCAGACCACCCUGCUGGACCUGGACGCUCUGGCCCGACACCUCGCCGACUGCAUCAGGAGCCGGGAGAUCCUUGACCAGCAGGACGGCGCGAUCGAGGACGACGGGCUGACGGGCCUCCUGCGUCUCGCCACCAGCGUCCUCAAACACAAGCCUCCCUUCAAGUUCUCCCGCGAGGGGCAGGAGUUCCUGCGCGACGUCCACAACCUGCUCUUCCUCCUGCCCAGCCUGGCCGACCGCGCUCAGCCCAAAUGCAAGUCCCACGCGGCCCGCGCCGCCGCCUACGACCUGCUGGUGGAGACGGUGAAGGGCUCCGUGGAGAACUACCGGCUGCUCCACAACUGGGUCAUGUCGCAGCACAUGCAAGCCUCUCACGCCCCGUACAAGUGGGACUACUGGCCCCACGACGACGUCCGGGCCGAGUGCCGCUUCGUGGGUCUGACUAACCUGGGAGCCACCUGUUACCUGGCCUCCACCAUCCAGCAGCUCUACAUGAUCCCUGAGGCCCGCCAGGCGGUCUUCACCGCCAAGUAUGCUGAGGAUAUCAAACACAAGACCACGCUGCUGGAACUGCAGAAGAUGUUCACGUAUCUCAUGGAGAGCGAGAGGAAAGCGUACAACCCCCGGCCGUUCUGUAAAACCUACACCAUGGACAAACAGCCUCUGAACACCGGGGAGCAGAAGGACAUGACUGAGUUCUUCACCGACCUCAUCACCAAGAUAGAGGAGAUGUCCCAGGAGCUGAAAAACACGGUGAAGACUUUGUUUGGAGGUGUCAUCACCAACAAUGUGGUCUCUCUGGACUGUGACCACGUCAGUCAGACUGCAGAGGAGUUCUACACCGUCAGAUGUCAAGUGGCGGACAUGAAGAACAUCUACGAAUCUCUGGACGAGGUGACGAUCAAAGACACUCUGGAGGGCGACAACAUGUACACCUGCUCCCAGUGUGGCAAGAAGGUCCGCGCAGAGAAAAGGGCGUGUUUCAAAAAGCUGCCACGGAUCCUGAGUUUCAACACAAUGAGGUACACCUUCAACAUGGUGACGAUGAUGAAGGAGAAGGUGAACACCCACUUCUCCUUCCCGCUGCGCCUCGACAUGACGCCCUACACCGAGGACUUCCUCAUGGGCAAAGGGGAGCGCAAAGAGGGUUUUCGGGAAGAGGGCGAGGCAAAAGUCACGGAUAGCUACGAGUAUGACCUCAUCGGCGUCACGGUGCACACGGGCACAGCAGACGGCGGUCAUUACUACAGCUUCAUCAGAGACAUCGUCAACCCACAUGCCUACAAGAACAACAAGUGGUACCUGUUCAACGAUGCCGAGGUGAAGCCCUUCGACUCGGCCCAGCUGGCCUCCGAGUGCUUCGGGGGAGAAAUGACGACUAAAACCUACGACUCCGUCACGGACAAGUUCAUGGAUUUCUCUUUUGAGAAGACACACAGUGCCUACAUGCUCUUCUACAAGAGGGUGGAGCUGGAGGAGGAGAACGGGAAGGACUUUAGUUUUGACGUCUCUCCUGAUCUGCUGGAGUGGAUUUGGCAUGACAACAUGCAGUUCCUCCAGGAUAAAAAUAUAUUUGAACACACCUACUUUGGAUUUAUGUGGCAGCUCUGCAGCAGCAUUCCCAGCACUCUACCAGACCCUAAAGCCGUCUCCCUCAUGACCGCUAAGCUCAGCACAUCCUUUGUCCUCGAGACUUUCAUUCACUCCAAGGAGAAGCCCACCAUGCUGCAGUGGAUCGAACUCCUCACCAAACAGUUCAACAACAGCCAGGCUGCCUGCGAGUGGUUUUUGGAUCGGAUGGCUGAUGACAACUGGUGGCCGAUGCAGAUCCUCAUAAAGUGCCCCAAUCAGAUAGUCAGACAAAUGUUCCAGAGGUUGUGUAUUCAUGUCAUCCAGAGGCUGCGUCCGGUCCACGCUCACCUCUACCUGCAGCCCGGCAUGGAGGACGGCUCCGACGACAUGGACGGUCCGGUGGAGGACAUCGGCAGCCGCUCCUGCGUCACUCGCUUCGUUAAGACGCUGCUGUCCAUCAUGGAGCACGGCGUCAAGCCCCACAGCAAACACCUGACGGAGUACUUCGCCUUUCUCUACGAGUUCGCCAAGAUGGGCGAGGAGGAGAGUCAGUUCUUGUUGUCACUACAAGCUAUUUCCAUCAUGGUGCACUUCUACAUGGGAACCAAAGGCCCCGAGAAUCCUCAGGUGGAGGUGCUGUCGGAGGAGGAGGGAGAGGAGGAGGACGAGGAGGAAGACAUCCUGUCCCUGGCGGAGGAGAAGUAUCGCCCUGCAGCUCUGGAGAAGAUGAUCGCCCUCAUCGCUCUGCUGGUGGAGCAGUCUCGCUCCGAGCGGCAUCUGACUCUGUCUCAGAGCGACAUGGCGGCACUGACCGGAGGGAAAGGCUUCCCCUUCCUCUUCCAGCACAUCAGAGACGGCAUCAACAUCAGGCAGACCUGCAACCUCAUCUUCAGCCUCUGUCGCUAUAACAACCGCCUGGCCGAGCAUAUUGUGUCGAUGCUCUUCACCUCCAUCGCCAAGCUGACUCCUGAGGCCGCCAAUCCUUUCUUCAAGCUGCUGACGAUGUUGAUGGAGUUUGCAGGCGGGCCACCGGGGAUGCCCUCCUUCGCCUCCUACAUCCUCCAGAGGAUCUGGGAGGUGAUCGAGUAUAACCCGUCCCAGUGUCUGGACUGGCUGGCGGUCCAGACUCCCCGGAACAAACUGGCCCACAGCUGGGUUCUGCAGAACAUGGAGAACUGGGUGGAACGCUUCCUGCUGGCACACAACUACCCCCGAGUCCGCACAUCGGCGGCGUACCUCCUGGUUUCGCUCAUCCCCAGCAACUCUUUCCGCCAGAUGUUUCGCUCCACGCGCUCCCUCCACCUGCCGACCCGCGAGCUGCCGCUGUCGCCCGACACCACCGUGGUCCUCCACCAGGUGUACAACCUGCUGCUGGGGCUGCUGGGACGCGCCAAGCUGUACGUGGACGCCAGCGUUCACGGCACCACCAAGCUGGUGCAGUACUUCAGCUUCAUGACGUACUGCCUCAUCUCUAAGACGGAGAAACUCAUGUUCUCUGGGUACUUCAUGGACCUCUGGAACCUCUUCCAGCCCAAACUGUCGGAGCCGGCCAUCGCCACCAACCACAACAAGCAGGCGCUGCUGUCCUUCUGGUACAACAUGUGCGUGGAUUGCCCGGAGAACGUGCGCCUGGUGGUGCAGAACCCCGUGGUGACCAAGAACAUCGCCUUCAACUACAUCCUGGCCGACCACGACGACCAGGAGGUGGUGCUCUUCAACCGCGGCAUGCUGCCCGCCUACUACGGCAUCCUGCGCAUGUGCUGCGAGCAGUCGCCCGCCUUCACCCGCCAGCUCGCCUCGCACCAGAACAUCCAGUGGGCCUUCAAGAACCUGACGCCACACGCCAGCCAGUACCCCGGGGCGGUGGAGGAGCUGUUCAACCUGAUGCAGCUGUUUGUGGCGCAGCGAGCCGACAUGAGAGAGGAAGAGCUCGAGGACGUCAAACAGUUCAAGAAAACCACCAUCAGCUGCUACCUGCGCUGCCUGGACGGCCGCUCCUGCUGGACCACGCUCAUCAGCGCCUUCAGGGUUCUGCUGGAGAACGACGAGGACCGACUGCUGGUGGUCUUCAACAGGGGACUCAUCCUCAUGACUGAGUCCUUCAACACUCUGCACAUGAUGUACCACGAGGCGACGGCGUGUCACGUCACCGGAGACCUGGUGGAGCUGCUCUCCAUCUUCCUGUCCGUCCUCAAAGCCACGCGGCCGUACUUGCAGCGCAAAGAUGUGAAGCAGGCUCUGAUCCAGUGGCAGGAGAGGAUCGACUUUGCCCACAAGCUGCUCACACUUCUCAACUCCUACAGCCCCCCCGAGCUCCGCAAUGCCUGCCUGGAUGUUCUGAAGGAGCUGGUUUUGCUGAGUCCUCACGACUUCCUGCACACUCUGGUCCCCUUCCUGCAGCACAACCACUGCACCUACCACCACAGCAACAUCCCCAUGUCGUUCGGCCCUUACCUGCCCUGCAGAGAGAACAUCAAGCUGAUGGGAGCCAAGAACAACAUCCGCCCUCCGAGACCAGAGCUCAACAUGUGUCUGCUGCCGUCCAUGGUGGAGAGCAGCAAGGGUAAAGACGAGGUGUACGACCGGAUGCUGCUGGAUUACUUCCUGUCCUACCACCAGUUCAGCCACCUGCUGUGUCGCGUCGCCAUCAACUGCGAGAAAUUCACCGACACACUCGUCAAACUCAGUGUGUUGAUCGCUUAUGAAGGACUUCCUCUCCACCUUGCUCUCUUCCCCAAACUGUGGACGGAGCUCUGUCAGUCGCAGUCCGUUCUGGCUAAAACGUGUGUGAAGCUGCUGUGUGAGGAUCCGGCCUUCAGCGAGUACAUCAAGUGCAUCCUGAUGGACGAGAGGACGUUCCUCAACAACAAUGCGGCGUACUCCUUCCUCACCUGCUUCCUGCACAAGGUCCAGGUGCUGUCAGGUCCCAGCUGCUCCAACCUGAUAAGCGUUUUGGUGGCGAACCUGCUGAGUGAACAGAGCAGCCUGCAGCCUGAGCUGGCGGCUCACCGCCUGGAGCUCAGCAAGACCAGCGGCCUGCUGAACGCCGACCUGAGGGCAUUGGUGCUGCUGCUGUCCGUCCAGCCCCCGCAGACCGUGGACCCGGCCCUCUGCCCCGCGCUGCAGGAGCUGCUGGAUCGCUGCCGUGUUUGUGUCCAGCAGCGCAGCGCUCUGGAGCUCGAGGCCAAGGACCAGAAGGCCAAAGUCGAGGACGAAGGGGCGACCCCGGUGAAGCGACGGAGGGUGAGCAGUGAUGAGGACAGAACUGGGGAAGCUGCUGCGACGCCUCUCUGCGUGGCCUCCACCUCCUCCUCUUCAGCCCUGCCGCCCUGCGGCGAGCCCAAGCCCGACCACCAGGAGGCGCUGACGCCCGCUAGCAACUCGGACACGGAGACACGGGACUCUUCCUCGCUGAUCGACCCAGGCACGGAGCAAGACCCGCCCUCUCCCGACCCCGCCCCGGUCGCCUCGGGGAACCUGGACUCCUCUCCCAAAGAGGAGAAGAUGGAGGCGUCCUCGUCCUCCUCCUCCUCCUCCUCGUUCUCGUCCUCCUCCUCGCUGCUGCACGAGGCGGGGGAGGGGUUUGUGCCGGCGGAGGACGUGGAGCCGGCGCGGCGCAUGGCAGCCGCGGGGGAGGAAGAGGAGGAGGAGGAGGAGGAGGAGGAUGAGGAGGAGGAAGGGGAGCAGCGGGAGGGGAGGAGAGGGGAGGCCAUGUCUGCCACGUCAGAGGAAGGGAAGGAAGAGAAAGAGGCGGGCUCUAAGGGCAGCUCGGCCCCGUCCCUCUCGGAGGACGCCGCCUUCCCAUUGGCCUCGGGGUUUGUGGGUGUGGGGGAGGGGCCAGAGGGCGGCAGCGACCCCUCCUCCUCGCCGCAGGUGUUUCCGGGCGCCAGCCCCCCGCCCGACAUGCUGGACAUGCUGUACAGGACGGUGGAAGCCACCAUCGCCAUAGUUAACAAACUGUCUGUUAAGGGCCCGCCCUCUUCAUGACAUCAUCAACUCACAGCCGCCAUGAGAUCUUUAACAAAAAAACAUUUUUUUUUUCCUUUUCAUUUUUUUUUUUUCCCUCUCUCUCUCUCUCUCUCUCUUUAAAAAUCUGAAUUCUUCUCAGAGGAAAAAAUAAACUUUUCCCAGUUUUUUCGGUUCCUCCCCCUCCUCCUGCUGUUUGUGCGCUGCUGUCCGUUGCCUUCUGCUGAUGUUCAGUCGGUCGGGUUUUCCAGCUUCAGUGGCUCUCGCCGUGUCGUUUCGCUCUAUUAAAAAAAAAAUCUAAAAUAAAUAAACUCCACUCCGACUCCACGCACAGCCGACUCCCCGCCUCCCGCCCUCCCGUUUGACAAAUAAAGAAGAAAAAAAAGAAAAAGUCGUACAAGCUAUAGCACAUUUUUUUUUUUCCUUCCCAAAGGGCAAAAAAACAAGUUUAUUUUUUUUUUGUGUUUUAUACUGAUUUUUGAAUUUUUUUUUUUUUUUUGGAAAGUGAUUUUAUUUGUUUGCGGUUUGCUGUUACGGGGAAAGGUUUACAGAACUUUUGUCUCCUGUAUGUAAUUUAAUUUUAUUGCAUUUUUACUGUGUAUAAAAAAAACAAACGGUCGUCCUCUGUGCCAGUUUUGUACUUUAUGAACGAGGCAAAAA